AUGCCUGUGCAAGCACCGCAAGAAGCGGUGGUGGCUAGGCAAGUCUUCCGUUUUCUACAUCGCGCGGGUGGCUCUGCCGAUGCGCACUACAUCACGGGCAAGUAUGGAUGCAAGAAGCAGUGGUUGGUCGAGUUCGAGGGCGGCAAUGUCUUCGAGGCGGAUGGCGACAAGCUGAAGCUCAAGGGCGGUGCCUUUGCUGUGGCCGCAGCUGCGGCAGCCGCUGGCAGAGUCAGCCGAAAGGCAGGACGCAGGAGCUCACCGGCACACCUGCUCACCAAAGCAGGCUUUGCCACAAAGGAGGAGCCGGCGAGGCGCCUCCAGCAGCGAAUCGAGGGUCUCCUCAUGAGCGCCGGGGAUGGGGUGCUUCCAUUCGAGGCGGUGCUGCGCGCCCUGGCCUUGAAGCCCUCGCACGCCUUGAACCGCUGGCUUCCAAAAGCGGGCUUCCGGAUGACACCCAAUGGGGACCUCUGGGUCGACAGCUACCGGCUUUUCCACUUCCGGCUCUACCGGGCGCUCCGUGCAGCCAGCUUCAUCAUGGAGCCCACUUCCCCCGGCUUUCGGUGUUGGGUGUAG